AAAAUAAAAACGCCCAACCUGCUUACCUUAACAGAAUCGCCCGCGUGAUCCCAGGCUCCGGAGAAGGAGAUGGCGAGGGUGGCGUUGGCGGCCAUGGUGAGCUUAUGGAUCAUCCCCAUCUCCAUUCUCGUCAAUCGAAUCGUCCCGGAACCCUAUAUGGACGAGAUAUUCCACAUCCCUCAAGCUCAAUGCUACUGUCGGGGUGGCUUUAGCACUUGGGAUCCCAUGAUCACUACCCCUCCUGGCCUGUACUACCUUUCAUUAGGGUACAUUGCAUCUUUGUUUCCGGUCAUGUGGUUUGCAAAGGUAGUGCAGUCAUUCCCUGAUUUGUGCUCAGUUGCUGUGCUUCGAUCCACCAAUGGUGUCAUGGCGAUCUUGUGUAGUGUUAUUUUGUAUGAUUUGAUUAGGUUUUUGAGACCUGGUAUUGGUGAGAAGAAGACGAUGGUGUAUGCCAUGGUGAUGGCCUUGUAUCCACUUCACUGGUUCUUCACUUUUCUAUAUUAUACAGAUGUGGCUUCAUUGGCUGCUGUUCUUGCGAUGCACUUGGCUUGUUUGAAGAGGCAUUAUUGGGUUAGUGCAAUGCUUGGUUCUUUGUCUAUUCUUUUUCGGCAGACAAAUGUGGUGUGGAUGAUGUUUGUUGCAGCGGAUGGAGCUAUGAAUUACAUUGAGGAUUUCAAUAGAAGUGAUGGAGUUCAGAAGGAUCAGAGACCUUUCGUUGAGGAAAGCGAUGCCGUAACAAAUAAUAGAAGUGGCACAGGAACUUCAACGAUGAGGAGAAGAAGAAUCAAGGGCUCUAGCAAGGAUGCAAGUCUGUCUAAUUCUGAAACUGACAAUAAUGUCACUUACCAGACUCAAGGUUUUUUUGACGAGAUCAGAGACAUAGUUUUGAGACUAUGGUGGCUGAAGCGAGAAGUCUUGGCUGCUUUUGCCCCUUUCAUUGUGGUGGUAGUGGCCUUUCUGGCUUUUGUCAUCUGGAAUGGGAGUAUUGUUCUCGGUGCAAAAGAAGCUCACACGGUUUCUCCACACUUGGCCCAGAUGCUAUAUUUUGGGCUUGCUUCUGCAGCUGCUCUUGCCCCAGUACAUUUCACCUUGAAGCAAGUUGGGACACUGUGCCAAUGGCUUAUGAAGAAAAGGAUUCUUGGUUUACUCCAAAUGCUUGUGGCUCUAACUAUAGGGCUCAUGGUAGUGCAUUUCUUCAGCAUUGCCCAUCCAUACCUUUUGGCAGACAACAGGCAUUAUCCUUUUUAUGUCUGGAGGAAAGUCAUCCAAGCUCACUGGUUAAUGAAAUAUCUUCUAGUGCUUGUUUAUGUCUACUCAUGGGUCUCCAUCAUCAUCAUACUAGCAAGAAAUCAGAAACGUUUCUGGGUAUUAUUAUUCAUUGCAGCCACCGCAAUGGUGCUCAUCCCGGCACCACUUAUCGAGUUCAGAUAUUUUACCAUUCCAUUUUAUCUCAUGCUUCUUCAUUCUCGGGUCAGCGAUAAUCUCAGUUGGCUGGUUAUGGGGAUCUUGUAUAUAUUUGUAAAUAUAUUCACAAUGGCGGUUUUCUUGUUUCGGCCUUUCCAUUGGGAUCAUGAACCUGGAACUCAGAGGUUUAUAUGGUAGUUACAAAGUUAAGCUAGGGAACUGGCGGCUAUCAUGCCUUACUCUUUGCAAGUUAUAAGGACAUAUCAAAUUGACUCAGAAAAGAUUGAUUUACAAGGCUUUAUAAGAUGAAGAUUUUGUGAUGAACUUUCCACUAAUCAGCUCUUCUUGAUGCACACUGAGGUCCAGUACACAUGAUAUGUAUUUGUUGGUGUUGCAUAUGUGCUUUCUUGGUUCUACUUUAUGCUUUUGCUGUAUUUUUUAGAUAGACAGAUCUUUGGAAUAUUUUCUUAACUUUCUUGGACUUCAAAGUUUCUCAUUUUGUGCCGUAUCUUCUAUAUAUUAUAUUAUUCCAAUGUUCAUUAAUAUUUAGUCAUUAUGGAGAAGGCUCUUCUGGACAAUGAGUUUCCUUAAAGCCUCCUUUGACUUCUACCGAGUUAAUACCAACCAAUUCCUCAACUAUUAGCUGAAGCACCAGCUGUGUACUUUACGGCGCUUGCUCCAUUUUCUUCAUCCAUACAUGCAUGAAGAAAAUGAAGAAAAGUAAACGCCCCAAAGUCAACCCAUCAACCUUCCUCUCUGCAUCUCUGCAUGCAUAUAUGCAUGCAUUUCUUCUCUUCCAGAUAGAAAACAAGUAGUAGUAUCAGUAGCCAUGUC